GGCUCGGCGGCCGCUGGCCCAGCGCGCAGGGAGGCGCGCACCGCUCCGCAGGGUCCCAGCCCGGGCCGUGCGUCCUGCCACCGCUGCCCGCCUCUCCAUGCAGCCCAGGUAGCUCCCGGCGUCCGGGGGCCCCGUCGCUCGCCUCCCGCUUUCCCCGCCCCGGCCGGACACUACCUGCCCCGGCCCAGGCAGUGCGCUCCCGCAAGCCCCCCCUGACGAGCUCGCCCGCCGGCUUCCCGGGCGCACUGACCCACACGCGGACGCACGGCCCGAGGGCGGGGAUGGCGGGGCCCGGGGCGGCCGCGGCGGCGCUGCUCCCGGCGGUGCUGCUGGUCGUGCUGGCGCCCUGGGCCGGCCGAGGGGGCGCCGCCGCGCCCACCGCCCCCAACGGCACGCUGGAGGCCGAGCUGGAGCGCCGCUGGGAGAGCCUGGUGGCGCGCUCACUGGCGCGCCUGCCGGUGGCCUCGCAGCCCAAGGAGGCUGCCGUCCAGAGCGGCGCCGGCGACUACUUGCUGGGCAUCAAGCGGCUGCGGAGGCUGUACUGCAACGUGGGCAUCGGCUUCCACCUCCAGGUGCUCCCCGACGGCGGCAUCGGCGGCGUGCACGCGGACACGAGUGACAGCCUGCUGGAGCUGUCGCCGGUGGAGCGCGGGGUGGUGAGCAUUUUCGGGGUGGCCAGCCGGUUCUUCGUGGCCAUGAGCAGCCGGGGCAGGCUGUACGGCUCGCCUUUCUUCACCGACGAGUGCAGGUUCAGAGAGAUCCUCCUCCCCAACAACUACAACGCCUAUGAGUGCGACCGGCACCCCGGCAUGUUCAUCGCCCUGAGCAAGAACGGCAAGGCCAAGAAGGGGAACCGGGUGUCCCCCACCAUGAAGGUCACCCACUUCCUCCCCAGGCUGUGACCCUUAGCGCCCCCCCGGAGGGGAGUACCGAGGGUCCCCUUGGUGCACUUUCUUCAAAUGGACGGUUGAAUGCGAGAGUAGGUGUAAGAUAUUUAAAUUAAUUAUUUAAAUGUGUAUAUAUCGCCGCCAAAUUAUUUA